AUGAAGAAAACCUCUGUUGACAUUCUGGAAGUGCUCCCCCCCCCCGAGGGGCGUGGCCAAGCCGGGAAAGUUAUAGCAGAUUCGGCGGGCGGGGCGGCCAGAGAGCGCCGGGAACGGGAGAGCCAGACCUGUGACCCGCCCGAGGCCUUGGGGCCCCAGAGCUCUGGGGUUACAGAGAAAGAUCCGGACCUAACUGAGCCGUCUGGCCAUGCGCACUCUGGGCCCGACCCCCCCUUCGCUGUGUUUCGGGGGGCUGCACUGCGGGCUACCGCUGUUGCCCACGCCGGGAUUCCGCUGUUGCCCACGCCGGGAUCUGCCGCUCAGGAUCGUUGGAAUUGGCGGAACCUCUGUGUCCUGCAGAUGGACAACCUGCUCACCAGGGUGGACACUGAUCCCAUUUAUAGCCACCCACCCACUCUGGGCACUGCUACUAACACUAACCUUGGAACUGGUGUUCUGUCUGGCUACUCUGUGGGCUUCUCUAUGGUUCUGCUCCUGGAGCUGAACUCUGCAUGCUUGUACCUGCAGAAGCUUCUGCUGAUUGCUUCCCAGGACCCAUCCCUGGCCUUCGGCUUAGUCACUUGUUCACUCUGGUCUCUUCCAUCUGCUUGGUGCUUCUGGUUAUUCUGACAGCACUACCAGGUACCUCUGAUGCUGGUUAUUCUUGGUAAAGUAAGCUUGGUCACUGUGGGUGUGACAAAUACCAUAUUAGAUGUUCACAUUCUAGUUAGUGAUAUUCUGUGUCUUAUGUCCAUUUGUCCUUGGACCCAAGAAAUUAGAGGGAACAGGAUAUAUUGUGAUGGGGAGCUGGUCAGCAAAAACAAUUCAAUUCUCAGCCUAAAAGACUAAAGCAGGGCUGGGAAGGUGGCUCAGUGGUAGAGCGCUUGCCUUGCAUACAUGA